AUGAGUAGCAUCGGGUUUGAAAAAUGUGUUUCUGAACAUGGAGUGUAUGUUCAGUGCUAUAAGGAAGAUGAAAGAGAAGACAGGUUGAUUGUGUGCCUGUAUGUGGAUGACCUACUGAUUACAGGAAGUAGUAGUGAGAAGAUUUCUUUUUUCAAGGGUCAAAUGUUACACGAAUUUGAGAUGAGUGACCUGGGUCAGCUGAGUUAUUUCCUUGGUAUUGAAUUCACCAAGACUGUUGCUGGUAUGUUGAUGCAUCAGUCCAGAUAUGCCUUGGACAUGUUAACCAGGUUUAAUAUGCUCCAAUGCAAUUCUGCUACUACUCCAGCAGAAGUGGGAUUGAAACUAGAGAAAGAUCCUGAGGAGGAGGCAGUUGACCCUACUGAGUAUAGAAGAAUGGUUGGGAGUCUAAGGUACUUGUGUAAUACAAGACCAGACAUCAGCUAUAGUGUGGGUUUGGUGAGUAGGUUUAUGCAGAAUGAAUCAGGAGGAGAGGCUAUGGAGUGUUACUGCCUAAGAAUGAAUCAGGAGGAGAGGCUCACGUGGUUGCUUAUUCAUAUUCGGAUUGGUGUGGUGACAAGGGUGAUAGAAAGAGUACAGCUGGAUAUAUGUUUUUUUCUGGAAGGAGCACCAAUUUCUUGGAGCUCUACGAAAGAGCCAAUUGUAGCUUUGUCCUCAUGUGAGGCAGAGUACAUUGCAGCAUGCGAAGCCACGUGUCAAGCAGCUUGGCUUGACUCAUUAAUGAAGGAACUGAGGAUAAAUGUUACAGAGAAGGUCAGACUGCUUGUUGACAACAAGUCAGCCAUUGACCUGACUAAGCAUCCUACAUCUCACGGUAGGAGCAAACAUAUUGAGACAAGGUUUCAUUUUAUUAGAGAGCAAGUUGGAAAAGGGAAGAUCGAGGUGGUAUACUGCAAGUCCGAAGACCAAACUGCAGAUAUACUAACCAAAGCAUUAAAAAGGGAACGCUUUCUAACACUUAGAAAGCAGAUCGGAGUUAUAAAGAUGGAGAUCGGAGCAGAUCUGGAAAAAGGUGUCACGAAAACCUAG